UUAACCACAAAUACUGUCAGAUGUUUUGAUUUUGAUUAAUUAAUGAUUAAUGGAAGGAUUAAUGGAUAAAAGAUAAGAAAAGCAUAAAAUUUUUAGAAAUUUUUUCACCCAAUAUUUAUUUUAUUUCAUAGUAUAACUAAAUAACUUUCUAAAACUAUGUAUCUCACAAAGUGGUAAGCAGAAAAAUAUAAGAUGAUUUCCGAUCAAAGUUAUAAUGAAAGCAUUUACCAUGAAAAGCAAAUACGAGAAUUAUGUGCCCUUCAUGCACUAAACAACUUAUUUCAAGAUAAGAAUGCCUUUUCUAAGAAUGAAUUAGAUCAAAUUUGUCAUACACUCAGUCCUGAAUAUUGGAUAAAUCCACACAAAUCAGUUAUAGGACUUGGUAAUUACGAUGUCAAUGUAAUUAUGAGUGCUUUACAAUCUAGGGGUUACGACAUGAUUUGGUUUGAUAAACGAAAAGAUCCUGCCUGUAUAGAUCUUAAAAAUAUUGUAGGUUUCAUAUUAAACACUCCUUCUGAAUACAAAAUCGGUUUCAUAACAUUCCCACUAAAAAGAAGACAUUGGAUAGCUUUAAGGGAAAUUAAUGGUAUUUAUUACAAUUUAGACUCCAAGUUAGAUAUUCCGAAAAUUAUUGGAACUUCACAGGAUUUGAACAACUUUAUUUGUAAUGAACUGGAUUCUCAAGAUAAGGAAUUAUUUAUAGUUACUACAGCCGAAGCAGGAGUAAAUCAAUGUUGGUUAAAGGAAAAUUCUAAUUAUAAUAAUAAGAUAUGUGAUUCACAAACUAGAGAUGCAGAAGAAAUCUUAAUUGCAGAUAUAAAGAAUUAAAAUAAUUGUCAAUAAUUUUAUUCUAUAUCAUACCUUUUUAGUUUCUUUAUUGUGCAAUAUAAGAAAUUGGAAUGAA